AUGGAACCCUCCAGGUCUCAUAAUUCAUCGUUCGCUCCAAAAAGUACUUUGAUCCGAGAUUCAUCGUCGCCAUUGUCAAUCCCAGAAGAGAGAUCUCAAGUUCAAUGGACCUGGGAAGAGAACAAGGUAUUUGAGAAUACUUUAGCUGAGUUUGGUCUUGAAUCUGAACUGCUACUUCCAACUCUUGCUUUGAGGAUCCCCACAAAAAGCAUCAAUCAGUUUAAAGAGCAUCUGAAAGCUCUGGAAGAUGACAUUAAGAUGAUUGAAUGUUCAGAUUUUGAUGAAAUUAUGAACCUUGGAAAGAUUGACGAACAAGCUCCUAAACAAUCAAAUGCAAGAUCUAUUCCUAGGGAACGUAGAAAAGGAAUUCCAUGGACCAAGACUGAACAUGAAAUGUUCCUUCAGGGGCUUGAGCGCUUUGGAAGAGGUGAUUGGAAGAGCAUAUCAAGGUUUUUAGUGACAUCUAAAACUCCAACUCAAGUGGCCAGUCAUGCACAAAAGUACUUUAAGAAACUUGAAAACCCUAAGUCUCGUUCUAGGAAAGACGGAUCGUUCAUGCGAACGGUUGACGAUUCACAUAUGCUGGCGGUGGCCAUGGCAGAAAAGGCACAACUUGCCAUCUCUGAUGACUAUAAGAAGCCAUGA